AUGUCCUUCUCAGACUACAGCAUAUUGGACACCUUGGAGGACCCCGUUGCCUUCGGGAUAUCAUCUUUGGUCAACUUGAUCGUUUUGAAGUAUUUCAAACACGUUUACUGCACUUGCAUAGUUACCAAACAGCCCGAUCAUGAUUAUUUGUCAUACUUCAAAAGUCCGUAUUUGACAAACUGGAUAAGGCAAGCAAACUUCAACGAUGUAACACUUCAGGAUAGUAUUGACAAUGGCUGCCAGUCAUUCAUAGUCACCCAGGCAGCAUCGUCCGUAUUUCUCGAUCGGUUCAACUAUCUACAUGAUCGAACGAUUCAGCGAUUCUCCAGUAAGAAGAUCAUCUUCCUCGUCGAUAGUCAAUCGAACCACACGGCGAUAGAUCAACUAGUCCAACAUGAUGCAAUUCAUGAUAUUCCCAGACUGUUGUUACUAUUUCCUAUCGAUCCAGAUCGAAUCGAAUUGAUUACUAACCGAUUCUCCAGUCGAGACCAUUUCCAGGAGUUGAUGAUACUGGACAGCUUCGUUCCAUCGCAAGGUACAUUCCUUCAAGGAAACGAUCUGUUUCCGGACAAGUUGCUCAACUUGGAGGGCCGGUUUGUACGCUUAGCUAUCUUUAACUAUCAUCCUUACACCAUCUGGAAGAAGGGGAACUCAACUGAAGGUUCCAAUGCAUACUUCGAACAACGACCAGUGCUGACCAUUGACGGAACAGAGAGCAGGAUAUUUCUGGAAUUCUGUUCCAUGUACAACUGCAGUUUGGAUAUCUCGCUUGACGAGGCAGGAGAGUGGGGUGAAAUAUUGGACAAUCGUACUGGGAAUGGCAUUAUCGGUGCCGUAGUUGAACGUCGAGCGGACAUUGGUGUGGGAGCACUUUAUUCUUGGCAUCAUGAGUCUAUCUACCUGACCUUGUCGAAGCCAAUAUCUCGGACCGGAGUCACCUGCAUUACACCAAUGCCCAAGCUACUUAGUGGGUGGUUGAUUCCUAUUUUGCCGUUUUCACAAAAUUUGUGGAUUGCUGUUUGGAGUACGUUCGUAUUCAUGAGUUUCUUUUCGUUGAUUGUAAACUUCAUGGUGGAUAAUUUUCUUCUCAAAAAGGUAAACUCCCCGUAA